AUGAAGAAGCUUGUGGAAGAGAUUAUGGCAGAAAAAGAAACCUCUGUCAAAGAAUUCGUCGCUCUCCUCUACAGGUUAGGAAUGAAGAGUUCUAGCCGAAUUAUCAAAGGGACCCCAUUAGUUUGGAAAGGAGCCCCCAAAAGCGCAGCAGACGACAGAGGGGCUGAAGAUGACGACGAUGAUGACGUCAUCACCGACGGCCAGAAUCUGGAUGACGAAGCUUUUGAAGGAGAUACAAGCGCGACCAGCUUGCUGGAGAAAAGUAAGCACAUUGAUGACGAAUACCAAAGCCGUCUUGACGAGAGAAUGCAGGAGCUGAUGCGAUCUCUAGAACAACAAGAGCAAGAGGAGCUUGCCAAGCUGGAAAGAGCAAUCGACACAGAGAAUGAUUUCAACAGAUCUUUACCGCCAGAUGUCGCUCCACCAGAGGUUAAAAAGAUGGACUUCUUUGAAAAGUCGGAUUCUGCUGUCCAACGCCUCGAUAUGCAAGCGAUCGAGGUUGCGAAAUCCGACGAUUUGACUACAUUUACAGACCUUGUAAGGAACCUAACCAAGGACUGCUGUAACGAAUUAGAAAAAGCAAGAGCCAUAUUCCGUUGGAUUACCGUAAAGAACCUGAACAAGAUGGAGUUCAGCGAUGACCUUGACCCAGACACUCCCCUGGGACUGCUUAGAGGGAUCAAACUGGGGAUUGAAAGUUAUCAUGUUCUUUUUAAACGACUAUGCAGUUACGCUGGAAUUCACUGUGAGAUCAUCCGUGGGUACUCGAAGGGUUCUGGCUACAAGGCUGGUCGUAAAAUGUCCAGGCGCUUCAGAAAUUCCUGGACAGCGGUCUGCGUGGACGGGUCUUGGCACUUCAUCAACUGCCAAUGGGGUGCACGAUUCACCAGGGGGAAACAUUUUGAGGACGAACUAGGUCAAGGUCAGAUCACAUCACCAGGUCAAGGUCAGGGGAAUGUCAUCAACGAAGAGCUUCAAUAUCGGUGUGAGGAGUUUUAUUUUCUCACAGACCCCGAAGAUCAUAUUUUUGAACAUUUUCCGGACGACAAAAAGUGGCAGCUAAUGGAGCCUGCCAUUUCCAUGGAGGAAUUUAUUAGACUCCCGGUGGUAAAGGCGCCAUUUUUUAACAAAGGCCUGCGCUUCGCAACCCGGUACAUAUCGAUUCUAUGGACGCACUCCGGCAGGGCUGAGGUGAGAAUAGGAGUGCCGAAUGCCAGUCGGGCAGACUUUGCCGCUAAAAUUGACCCACACCACCCCCCGUCUGCAGCUAGUCGAGAAUCGGGGACAGGAAGCGUUCUUUGUCGAAGAAUCGACAACGAGGUUCUUUUCACUGCCAAAGUCCCACAACCAGGCAUAUACUUUUUGAAAAUAUUCGUAGCAGACGACCCUUCGACCACCAUGGAAUGCGCAUGCGUGUUUCAGAUUAACUGUACUGACGUCGACAAAUCUUCUAGCAGACGUCAUUAUCCAAAUGUACACAUUUUGGGUGCCACUGCACAUGCCAAGGGCUUGGGCAUUUCUCCUGUAGCUCGUUUUGACCCAUACGUUGUACAUGACAAAGAAAGUGAUUAUUGUUUUCGAAUACUUACAAAAAGAAACUGCCGAAUUUCGCAUACUUUCGUAUAUUUUGGGAAAUCGGUGUCGUCCGCUCUGGAGAACACUCAGUUCGCCAUGAUCUACGAAAAAGACCCAGAUCACGUGGGAUUCAGAUUAAGAAUGAUAAAAAACGGAUUUUACAUGCUUUCUGUUUUCGCUGCGGAAUUAGACUUGAAUGUAUCCCAAAUCUCAGUUUCGCAGUCGGCAGUGGAAGACCAAUUUGAGUGUGUUUACCGCGUGCUUGUUCGCUGCUCUGUGCCGUCUAUGGAACAAUGCCCCUUGCCCAUCGCGUUAGGGCGCUGGGAUGUAGGGGUUUUGGUCAGCACUAGAUCAUAUACGGCAGCGGGACGGAAGUGA